AGCAAACCAGCCUCACAUACCUUUGCUUCACAGGGGUGUUGGUGAUUCUGUCGUUAAUUGUUGUACGCGGUCUCAAGAGAGUCAAUUGCCGCCUUCAUUUCACGCAUUCGUCCUUGUCCAUCCUUGGCUGUUCUUUUAGUGGCUUCUCAUUAUUUUCAGCUCCCUCACCCCCCGUCAAACAGUUAUAUUCAAUAUGAAACUCAUACCGUUGGUCCUCUCCCUACUCUCGACAGCGCUGGCGGAUGUCGAAUUCACGGCACCAACGCGUGGCACAGUAAUUGAGUCCGGAGAUGUCAUAACAGCGCACUGGAAAGACUCUGGCAAGUCUCCUCGGGUUUCUGAACUUGUACAAUACGACCUUUAUCUUUGUGCUGGCGGGGACACGUUGGGUUCCCAUGAAGAUGUAGCUGUUCUCAUCAAGGACGGUGUCUUUGCCCGUGGCAAUUCGGUCUCUUUCAAAAUUGAUCCAGAGGUCGGUGGCAACGAACCAAACGCAUACUUCCUGAAAAUCGUUGCUUCCGGUCCCGACACCAUCGUUGAAAACUAUUCCGAUCGGUUCACGCUUACCGGCAUGACUGGUGCUUUCUCGUCGAAUCUGGAGAAUGAGAUUAGUUCUCUAAAUAUGGGUUAUGAGCAAGAAGAAUUGCGGAAAAGGCAAGCCGCUGGAGCCUAUACAAUCCCAUAUCAAUUGCAGACUGGGCCUACAAGGUACGCGCCAAUGGCCAAGAAGCCCGGGUCGACAAUCCCAACGGAUAAGUCGCCUACUCCUCAAUACCCAACCAGCGCAUACGAUAUUGCUACAGCAUAUCUUCCAGUACCUACCGUCCAGACCACAGUUUCGGCCUCUUUGACAUACUCUGUGUCUAGUAUUGAGAAUACCGCAUCUCCAGCGCCACAUCCUCAUGAUGAAAAGAUGAAGAGAUUCUUGGAACGGUGGAAGGAUUGAACUUGGUAUCAUACCUGGAGUUACGGGGCUAGGCUGUGAUGAGCAAGUCGUGAAUUUUGAACAGUCCAAUUGGUCAUGUGUUUUUGCAUUGAUUUGGGGUUAGUUGGCUUUCCUCUGGCGUUCUACAGUACGGAAGCAGCUGCUUCUGGUACUUGGGCUUGUAUGACAAUAUCUGGGAUUGGGUUAGUUAGAUGUGAUGUUCUUGCAAUGUUUAUGAGAGCUACAACGCUCAUAGAAGCUCAAGACCCAUGUUUAUAUACA